AUGGCAAAAAUAGUUGAUUUGACGAAGACGAUGAUUGAGAUCUUCAACGAACACGCUGGUGAUGACGAAAUGCUUUCCAAAGAAGAGCUCUUGAAAAUGAUGGGUCAAGAAAAGGACGACAUGUUUUCCUCCAAAUACAUUUCUAAUGCGCUCAUGACCGUGUUGGUCGAGGGCCUCGACGAAAAAAUGUCCUUCAAUGAAUUUAUCGAGUUCAUGGCUUUCAUCUGCGCCCUCAUCGAGGCGGAACCGCAAGACCAUUCAGACGGUCCUUGGAUUGAGAGCAGAACAAAACCAGAACCAGGCACCCCAGAAUAUGAAGAAAUGAAGCUACAAGAGGCACUCGAGAAAAUUAAGAAAUUCAUCGCAAAACACUUCGGCCCAAAGAAGAAGAAAGACUUUUAUGAAACCAACUUCGGGAAAUUUGUCGACUCAAUUGCAAAUGCCGGAUUCUAA